AUGCGUUUGUCAUAUCCUUCCACGUUGACAAUUUUGUUCUGUUUCGGGCCGAGAGCCUGGAGUUUGCGACAGCCAGUUGCGCAUCAGGCAUCUUUCGUUCCUCAGAUAGGCGCCGUCCCGGCCAGCGCCUUCCUCGAUCUUGAGGAUGGCGACGUCGACAAAGCACACGCAGGCUUGUGGAAGGCUUUGCAGUCUGCCAAAAUCAAGUACGAGACCGUGAGCUUUGAUAGCCCGCUGCCUACCGACCUCGAGGUCACGGCCAACGGACGGGCCCUCCCGUGGGACAGCCCCGCCAGACCUGGCCGGGUCAAUCCUGUCCGGCUCUUGCUCGCAGUGCGGGGGGAGCGUUUCAAGCAGGUGGUGAGCAAAGGUGGUAAAAUCCAGCUGUAUCUGAAGAGCGCAACUGGCUAUCUUGAUCGCUCGGAGACGAUUCCGCCUUGCAUGGGCGCAGGGAUCUCCGACUGCGUGGAGGGAGGCUUCGCAGCAGCCUACUUCCAGGUCCCUGAGAACAGCCAUCUCACGGUCCAGUUGAAGGUGUCCCUGGCCGGCGAAGAUGACAUCUCCCACGACUGGGACAUCGAAACGGCAGAUGCUGGGUCCGGUGAUGCUCAGGCGAGAAUCCUCUUCCUCAGCCAGAACCACACGGAAUAUGAGAAGAAGUGGCUGUCAAGCGAGAUGGGUCGCCGGCAGUUUGCCUACGCGAAUGAGCAGGAGAAGUUUUCGGCCAAGGAGCUCACUAUUUUUGAUCUCGACUCAUCUGCCUUCAAACCAGACCUGGAGAGAAAUGGCUUCGAAAUGGAUAGCUCUGGGAUUCUCAAGGCCGCGCUCGAUGACCUCAUGUUCAACAUGGAGCGGGAGGACGUGCAGCAAGACUUUACAACAACCGUUGUGAUCACUUCGAACGAGAGUUGCUACAUCAACUCGACAGAGGAUCUCCUGAAUAUUUCCCAGCACCUUGACGGUGACAACUUGACGGCAGGCAGCUGCAACAAGAACAUCUUCUACGACUACAAAUCAGAUUACUUUAACCCCAAGUUUGGAGGUGGCGAGCGGUUCCUCGGCGUGUACAAGUGUGAUGCGAAUUUUUCUGCGUCAGAGAUAAACUGCAGCGACGAGCCUGUCAACCUCUCCACCGACCUCCUGCCUCCUCUCAUGAUCAAGUACCAAUCGGCGCCCCGUACCCGUGACACGAACACUUCGCGGGCGGCCGCCAUGCACACAGGGGCCGCCCUGGCAUUGAUGGCGGAAGAGCAGCGGGCAGAGAUCUGGAAGCAGUUGUCGGGAGAACCCGUUGUGGUGGGCAGCACGACCUACCGAACCGUUGGCGACAUUGACGAUCUCGUUGAGACGAUGGAGACGGCCAUUCGGCUGUCCGAGAUUCUGGUGCAGAGCAUGGAGAAGGCCGCGGAAGACUGGUGGAGGAGCAAGACCGGAGCGGAGACGAAGGCGGCUUGCUUCUCCAUGAACUUCCGCCAUACCCGAAAGGGGAUGAAGGGCCUGCCCAUUGCUCACGUGGAUGCAACCAGUGUGCAUGAGUGGUUUAAGCCGGAUGGGGCAUUCCCUGCCUCGGCACUGAAGGGAUUCGAGAACAAGCUCGGUAUGAAUGUCUCAGAAGCCUUGAAGCACACGGUCGUCACCUUCAACGAGUGGGUCAACGCCGGCGCGGAUCCCAUCGUCGAGCUCCCCUUGACAAUCUUGGACACAGCCAGCCUGGAUGACAAGGAUCUGGAGACAGCUUGGAUCCAAGUGAGCCUGGACUCCAUGAGCCUCCGCUACUCCCCGAGCCAGAGGUGGUACUACAAGGAGCUGAAGCGAGGCGAAGGCUACAGGUUCAUCACAAGCCCUCACGAGGGACCCGGGGGAACUCGCUAUACCGGAACUCCACAUUCUGCCUUUCGAUUCAUUCGGAAGGAGAACAUGACCGCUGACCGACCACGUCAAAGCUACGAGUUCCGCUGCCUCGUCCUGGACCCGAACUGGACAAGUCCCAACUCCACCGUUUCCGGGCUUGCCGUGGAGCCGACCGACGACAAGGAGAUUGUGAAGGAGGCCGCGUCCGCCAUCAUGGCUGGAAUCAUGGCCUCCCCACAGGCCGUGAUGGAAAGCUUGGUGGACACGGAAGAUUUCAAGGCAGACGAGUGA